CAGCGGCGACGCGACGUUUUAUUCCUUUAUUAUUCUGUCGUUAUUCUUCUUCUCCUCUCCGCUUUAGCUCCGUUCCAGAGUUGUUGUUCCCUCUGCAAUCUCCUAUCCAGCUUGUUGGCCUGAUCUUCAUGAAUUCAAGAAGCACUGCUGCAUCAACUGUUUCCUGUAAAGUGGGAAACAAGAAGAAUCUCCUUUUCUUUAUUUUGAUUUGCCUAUUUCCUAGAUUUCUCGGAAUCACUGUCGUAUUUAUGAAUUUCCUCUUGUUCAAGGCUAUUGUUCGCUGUCCUUCAUCCUCAACUCUCGUUCUACCUCCAAGGCAGAUUCUUCUAUAGUUAUUAAGUUUGAAAUUAGUCGACCGUACGUGUCACUGUCCCUAUCCCUUUCCUGCCUUGUUGUGGUCAUGGUUUCCUCUCGGCUUCCAACUUUGGCUGGGAAUGCCUUGACAAAGCCAUUCAAUGAUCUCGUGUUUCUUCCAGUGGGACCUCUUGAUGUCCUUUCGGAAGAUCCAGUUGAUCUGGACUUCGCUGACGUAUUUGGUCCUCUACCAACUCAAGGACCUCAAAACCUGACCUUUGAGAAUCCAAUAAAUGUUUUUGCUUCUCCUGAUGCAAACGAGUUAACAUUUGACGACCCAGAUGUAAUUUACAGCCGCUCCCAUUCUUUGGUGGGUCCCACAAAUUGUGUUAGUCAAGCUUUCAAGCUCAGCAAGCUCACACUACAUGAGAGUGAGGAGUCACUGGAAGUUGUAGAGCGAGUUAAUGGAGAGGCUGAAGGAAGUUUUGAGAAAUUAUCUCUUGAAAGUUCUAUUCUAAAGAAAGCUAUCGAAGAUGAUGGCGUGCCAUUAAGUGCGAUUGGACUUGAGGACUUUGAAGUUUUGAAGGUUGUUGGCCAAGGUGCAUUUGCAAAAGUUUAUCAGGUAAGGAAGCUUGGUUCAUCAGAGAUUUUUGCAAUGAAGGUCAUGAGAAAGGAUAAGAUUGUGGAGAAGAAUCAUGCUGAGUAUAUGAAAGCUGAGAGGGAUAUAUUGACAAAAAUUGAUCAUCCCUUCAUUGUUCAGCUUAGAUACUCUUUCCAGACUAAGUAUAGACUGUACCUUGUGCUUGAUUUUGUCAAUGGAGGCCACCUUUUCUUUCAAUUGUAUCGCCAAGGCUUAUUCAGAGAGGAUCUGGCUCGAAUAUAUGCAGCUGAGAUUGUAUCUGCUGUAUCUCAUCUACAUGCAAAUGGAAUCAUGCACAGGGAUCUAAAGCCUGAAAAUAUACUUCUGGAUGCAGAGGGACAUGUGAUGCUAACUGAUUUUGGCCUUGCCAAGCAAUUUGAUGAGAACACCAGAUCCAACUCCAUGUGUGGAACAGUGGAAUAUAUGGCACCUGAAAUUGUUGUUGGGAAAGGUCAUGAUAAGGCUGCUGACUGGUGGAGUGUAGGAAUUUUGUUAUAUGAGAUGCUAACAGGAAAGCCGCCUUUUGUUAGUGGGAACCGACAGAAAAUUCAGCAGAGGAUUUUAAAGGACAAAGUCAAGCUCCCAGCUUUUCUAUCAAGCGAUGUGCAUUCAUUGUUGAAAGGGCUAUUGCAGAAGGACACAAGCAGACGGCUUGGAAGUGGUCCAACAGGUAGUGAAGAGAUAAAAGGCCACAAGUGGUUCAGGUCUAUUAACUGGAAGAAAUUGGAGGCUCGCGAAAUUCAACCAAGUUUUCUUCCAGAGGUUGCCGGCAAACAUUGCAUUGCCAACUUUGAUGAGUGCUGGACCAACAUGCCUGUAGUAGAUUCUCCGGCUGCUAGUCCAAAAUGUGCUGAGAAUCCCUUCCAGGGUUUCACUUAUGUGAGGCCUGCAGCUUCAUUUCUACAAUCUUGAGAAGUAAUAAAUAUGACUUGUUAGUCGGCCCCUGCCCUGCAUGGGCUCUGGUAUUUAAAACCUGCUAGUCCAAAAUGUGCUGAGAAUCCCUUCCAGGGUUCCAACCAUGUGAGGCCUGCAGUUGCAUUCCCUUCCAGGGUUCCUACCAUGUGAGGCGUGCAUCUGCAUUCCUACAAUCUAUAAGAUAAACCGUAGUUUGAAGUGUUAGUUGGCCCCUUCAUGGGCUCUGCUGUGUGUAAGCUCCAGUGCUCCUUUGUCGUGUUCUUCUUCGUCACUGGAGGUAGUA